AUGACCGACCCCGUUGCCUCGGCGCCGACCCAAUCGCCUGCGGCCGCUGCGCCUGCCCCGGCACCAUCCCAGCCCGCGAUGCAGCCUUCCUCGCAGCAAAACCUCCCCAUCCGCGACUCCAAGCCCGCGAAAGUCCCCGCACAGAAGGACAAGCAACAAAAGGGCAAGGAUGCCGCGCCUGCCGCUGCCGCUGUCGGCGCUGAUGCGCCCACUGAUGGUGGAACCAAAGCACUCACACCCGCGGAAUUGAAGAAGAAGGCCAAGGAAGAGAAAGCUGCUCGCCGCGCAAAGGAAAAACUUGAAAGAGAGCAGGGCGGAGCUGGUGCUGCUGGCGGUUCAGCUCCUGGUGGUGGUCAAGGUCGUCCUCCGGCUACACCGAAGAAGGACGCUGCUGGUGGAGGCGCAUCGCAGAAGGGCCAGAAGGCUCCUCCGCCGCGCCGCGGAUCAGGACCCGGAACCGUCACUCAGACGCCCGCCGUCGAGCAGAAGAAAAAGAAGGAUGAUAAGAAGGUCGCUGUCUUCGGACAUUUAUAUGGCCAACAACGGCGGACUACUAUCGCUGGCGCUGGUAAAGAAGUGCACCCUGCAGUCCUGGCAUUGGGGUUGCAGUUGAGGGACUACGUCGUCUGCGGCAGUAGUGCGCGAUGCGUCGCGACUCUGCUGGCCUUCAAGCGGGUCAUCGAAUCCUACGACACACCUCCGAACAACUCGUUGUCGCGCCACUUGACCACCGUCCUCUCGCAUCAGAUCACAUAUCUCUCCACUUGUCGACCACUCUCCAUUAGCCAGGGUAACGCGAUUCGUCAGUUGAAGCUGACCAUUUCCUCUAUCGACCCAUCAACCCCCGAAGCCUCGGCCAAGGCAACCCUGUGCGAGUUUAUUGAUGGAUAUAUCCGGGAGAAGAUUACCCUUGCCGACCAGGUUAUCGCCCGCAGCGCGGCACAGAAGAUUCAGGAUGGCGAUGUGAUCGUGACAUUCGCCGGCAGCUCGAUCGUCAAGCAGACUCUCCUGCAGGCACACAGCGAAGGAAAGCGCUUCCGAGUAUCAAUCAUCGACUCACGCCCGCUCUUCGAGGGCAAGAACCUGGCUCGCGCACUGGCAAAUGCCGGGCUCGAUGUGCAGUAUUCGCUCAUGCACGGUGUCAGCCACGCCAUGAAGGAUGCAACCAAGGUCUUCCUCGGUGCACACGCCAUGAUGAGUAACGGGCGUUUGUACUCGCGCGUCGGAACCGCUUUAGUAGCCAUGUCCGCCAAGGAACGCGCAGGAGGCGUCGAAGUCCCCGUCAUCGUAUGCUGCGAGACAGUCAAAUUCACCGACCGCGUGGCUCUCGACAGCAUUGUGGUCAAUGAAAUCGCCGACGCCGACGAGCUGAUCUCCAACCAGCUACCGCAACAGGUGACCGGCCUCGCUGACCCAGCUGCAUUCACUGCUGCACCCGUCGACCCUAAAAAGGGCGGCAAGCCUGCCCCCAAAGAACCUACACCCGCUCCCUCUGCUUCCUCCCGUGCCCCAUCCACUUCACCUCUCACCGAGUGGAAGGAUACGUCCAACCUGCAGCUGCUGAACAUUAUGUACGAUGUCACGCCUGCAGAAUAUGUGGACAUGGUUGUGACGGAAAUGGGCAGCUUGCCGCCCAGUGCUGUCCCUAUCGUGCAUCGGAUGAGCACGAACAUGUGA